AAGCAAGCAGGGGACCGAUGGAAGAAACGUCACUCACAGUCGCUUAGGUUAUUUGCUCAGAUUUUCAGCAGCUGUUGGCGCCCCCAAUGAGAGGCUGCGCCCCGCAUGGUGGCCACUGAUCACUCUCCCUAGUCGCGCAAAGGGGCCCCCCGUCCAGUUCUAGUCAUGAACACUCUGCCAAAGAUUCCUGUCAACUUUCUAGUGAUAUUCUACAUAAUGUGCUUCGAGGCGGUGGUGAGCAAUUCGCGCACAUCCACCCUCUGGACGCUGAACAAGGACCGCACCCGCGUCAUCCCGGGGGAGCCAGACCAGAUUGGGUGCUCGGCCCGGCCCGGGGACUCCCUUUUUGCUCUUGUGGCGAGCACGCAACGCUACGGGGGCGCGUGGGUGCGCCGCAGCCCCCACUGCCAGGCCAGGCACAACCAGAGCCCCCCCGAGCACGAACUGGACUGCGGCAAACCGGCCAACGCCACCUUCUAUGACAGUCUGGCUGGCGUGAUGGACAGGGGCAAACACCCGCCGUUGGUUGAGCCGGAAGCCAUCGGCGAAUUCGUGAAGAAGUACAAGCUGAACAUGGGCAAGACUGUGGAUCUGGAGCUGGUCGAGAGCAAGCUCAGGCAGGCCAAGAAGGAGAGGCCGAGGGCGGUGGCAACCUGGCACCAGCUGGGCAAUUUUUGGCGCACCAAGGGCGACCCGCGCAGAGCCAUCGAGUGCUUCCGCAAAGCCCUAUCGGUUGCGCCCCACCAUCCGGAAGUUUUGCUCAGUCUGGCAAAGGUGCUGUUCCGCCUGCAGUAUCUGGACGACGCGAUCUUCCUCACUAGGCGCUCAUUGGAGGUGGUGCCGCCCGAGAAAGGGGCGUGGCAACAGUACUUUACUCUAGGAGAGAUUUUCAAGGCUUACGGCCACUACCAGGAGGCGGAGGUGCACUUCCGGCACACGCUGGACUUGCAGCCCGGCUACGAGCCGGCGCUGAAGCUGCUCAAAGAGCUGGAGGAAAUGCCGCUCUCGCCCUGGCAGAGCUACACGUACUUUAUCAUCGGCAGUCUGGUGGUGGUGGUGCUGUUGUUCCUCAACAACCUGGAGCGGCCCGCCCCCAAUGGGUGCAGCCGCGCGCAGCGCCCCCAGAAGUCGCUCUGGAGCGGCCGCAGGCACAAAAAGCCCGCACCGACGUAGUUGUUUUCCCGCUCUCGGUUUGUUUCUGUUUUCAAUCAAUUCGUCGGGUGGCUGAUUUGUCGGAGGGGUUUGGAAGAGUCCCCCACUGUCCACUGAGAGACGGUCCAGACUUUUUCUGGCAAGUGCGUUUUUGUUUUGUUUGGAAAUUAAACGGAAAAUCAGUGAACAUCCUGAA